CCGGAGACUGCCCCGCGACGGUUCGGGGGAUGUGGGCAUGCCGUGUGUGACUGGGAUCGGCUCGGGGAGUCAUGUGCUUGCAUAUCUUGGAAGUAAGUGGUGCAACCGGUGAAGAUUUGACAGGAAUCAACAGAACGAGUUCUCAGUCCAGUUUCCUGUGUGGGAGAUUAGCGCUGUUUUCGGUACACGCUGCCGCAUUUUCCCGAUGGAUUCCAUUCACUCCCAAACUGAUGGACCAGAGGAUCUGGAGGAUGAGGAGGGCCCCACCGCACCCCCGAUUGAAAUGCUGGACCAGGUGACAGGCUAUGAGGGGACAGUCGCUGGCGGUGAUGGAAACUACAUUUGUCCACCAACUCACCCUUCGGACAAGAGGGAGCGACCACAGCCCCAGCUGGAGUGGAGAAUUCCGUCCAUCACUGAAGAUGCAGCGAGAGAGGCGCUGGCACAGUUUGCGACGGCUCACUGCUGCUACAGUGGCAGACCCACCCGCGAGAUGGUCUUUCAGGACCUCACACCAUUCAACAUGUACAGGUACCGCCUCGAGACCUUCACUGAAUCCCGGCUAACUGAAUGGACUCAUGUACCCUUCACUGGCCAGUCUGUGGAUAGCAGUGCAUGUGGAACCCCUCCCCUUCCAUGGGACAUCACGGUCGAGAUGCCGCCAGUGUUUCAGGACUUCACGAAGAAAGUGCCAGUUCCUCACACUGCAGCUGUCAAGCGUUGCCACAAGUGCAAGGGCAGAGGGAAGUACCGGUGUUCACAGUGCGGCGGAAAAGGAAAGCUGAAGUGUCUGUCAUGCGGAGGACGAGGGCUGUCUCACGGAAAUAAGAGGUGCAUCCAGUGUGGGGGAAGUGGCUUGAAAAGGUGUGGACCUUGUCUAGGACGAGGCACUCGAUCUUGCCAUGUCUGCAAAACCAGUGGCCAGCUACUGUUCUACAUUCAACUGACAAUAAAAUGGACCAAUAACAUCUUUGAACAGGUGGCUGACCAACAAAUCGGACUUCCUGUGGCACUCUUCAGUAAUGUGACGGGGCAGAACGUCUUUGCUGAUGAAAACUACCAGGUCUAUCCCAUAGUUGGUUUUCCAGACUCUCUAAUUGAUCAGAUCUCCCAACAUGGAGUUCAGGAACACCAGGACAAGUUUGGAAGAACCACGUGUAUCCUCCAGCAGCGGCAAACUAUUGAACUGAUUCCCGUGACCAAAGUGCUCUUCCAAUGGAAAGGUCAGGAGCACAGUUACUUUGUGUACGGCACAGAAGACAACGUCUACGCUCCAGACUAUCCCAGCAAGUGCCGCUGCAACAUUCUCUGAUCCCUUCCCUUCAGUGCCUUUCGACGGACAGUCACCUGUCUGACUCAGCUCACUCGCAGCAUGGAGAUAGGUGAGGAUGUUCAAUGGCGUUACUUCGAAGAAUAAGAGAUGAACUGCUGUGUUUCAGCACCACGUUCGUUCCCCUCCAUUAACACUAGCAGAAGAAUUCCUCAGACAUCCCACUGACGUGUAAGGUUUGGGUAAUAUGACUGCAUCCUUCCCCUGCAAAAUAACUGCUGCCUUUCAUCAUCUUUUGUCACAACUGGACUAUUUUGAGAGGCUUCACAAAAAUGUGUAUUUAGAUUUUCAAAAGCUCUCCGGAACAUACAGUUUCACUUUCCACAUUUAAAAUCUAUUGGAAAAAGUUCAGUGCUGCCAAAUCUGAUUGCUGCAACUAUACAAAUUAACAAAGCCACUAGACCAGUUAUUUGACUCCAUCACUCGCCAUUGAAGUGUUCCUAUUGGCCUAGAGAGGCAAGGGAUUAAUCAGUGUUUCACACAUUUGUUCAUAAACCAGUACCUCACUGUUUCCCUGCUCCUCUACCCCACCCUUACAUCUCAGUGUGUUCACACCUGAACUCAGCUCUGGCCAGCACCAGCCUCUGGCUGUGAUUUUCUUUUUUGAAUGUGUGUUUGAUCCGAGUGUUGGUGGUAGGGCUGCUAAUUAUUACCCAUCCCUCAGUGCACUUGUGGAGAUGAUGCCAAGCGUUGCCAAACAGCGAACUGACAAGGCUGGUCUUCCUUUGCUGUUAAUCAUGCACAGUUGGAUUCUACAGUAGAAAAUUGGACGGCGAGUCAAUAUUAGGCUACUGGUACCCUUCAGAAGCCUGAAAAUCUCCGGCAAGACUCGGAGUGAUGGCCCGGGACACUUAUGUGAAGGAACAUCACUCAAUGCGUGAUCUGCUGGAGCAACUCAGCAGCUCGAGCAGCAUCGAUGGGAGGAGAGGAAUUGUCAAUGUUUUGGGUCAAACCCCCGCAUCAGGGUCCAAAACACUGAUGAUUCUUUUCCUUCCACAGAUGCUGCUCGACCCACCCCGGGUUUUUCUAACAGAUGACCCCACCCCAUUGUAAGCAGGCUCUCUCAACCAUUACCACAGGCAAACCAGCCGACACCCACCUGAAGGAUAACACAAAAAAAAAGUGGUAGCAACAUGUUGUUAUCAAAACUGCGCCUCCAUAUUAAAAACCUCAGAAGGGCAUCAACUGAUGUAUGGUAGUCAAGGCCUGACACGUGACUGACUCCAUCAGCAGCCAGGUUUCCAGGGAAACCAUUAACCAGGGUUCGUGAGCUGAAAUGUUUUGUGAUAGCAACCAGCAUCCAGGUGUGGCUGUGUUGAGAAGCCCAGCGGUUUACAGGAGAAUGCUGUCUGACAAGUACCAGAGGAAUAAUACUGUUUGCAAAAUCAGGUCUCGUUCUGAACCAGCACGGUCAAAUGAAAAGGGAGUGAGAAAGAAAAAAGACAAUUCACAUAUUAUUCAAACCAUUUUUAACAUACACAAACAUAUAAACAAUGUAUAUAUGUAUUUGUAUAGGGUAAAAAUAUGUAGAUAUUAUACACACUAUAUGUCAGAAUAAAGCUAUAAAUGUGUUAUAUCUGUAAUAAAGUAAAGUAUCAAUCCAUUUGAAAACUCAAAGCAAUAAUAUGGAGAAAUGUAAAUACUUUACUAUAAUAAAAUGUGCAUUUUUUGUAUAAAAUGGAAUCCCUGUCCACGGCUAUAGUAGAUGUCAGGAAGUUGUUGUCACUGUCUCCAAAAUGCUCACCCACUGAGAGACCUGACACCUGAGCCCUGACCUGGUUCACUGCCUGGAAUCAGCUACAGGAUGGUCUCCCCUCUAAUCGACCUGCCUACAUACUGUGUCAGGAAUCCUUCCGAGACAUACCUAAUAAAUUCUGCUGCAUCUAAAUCUUUCGCACUAAGGAGGUUCCAGUCAACAUCAGAGGAGUUGAUGUCACCCAUGGCAUUUUGCAGCUUCCCAAAGUCUACCUCUUGAUCCUCUGUCUCCAUUGCUACUGGAAAGAUGCUAUUGACUUUUAUGGAAAACUAAAUACAGUAAGGGUAGAAAGGGUCUUGAUUGUAUCCCGUAUGAUUAACCCCCAUCCUUUA